CCUGUUUACAGCGGAGGUUUCCUUUCUGUUUCCUACCUUAAUACAUUUAGCGCUUACUUUGGUGACUUUCUAUAAUCAGGAACUCAUACAGGUGUUACUUUACAACAAAAAGUACCUCAUCUUGAAUUUUCAACCGUGACCCGACAGCUGACAGUAGGGGGUCAUGGACGUUUCUCCCGUCAUGCAACUCCCCUCAGCUGUUUCGCUUUCACUCUCGUUAUAUUUGCGCUAACUGUGUGAGCACAAGACCUCAAGGUGAGAGGAUUUAGUGCUUUUAUUGCCACCAUGUCAGCGGCUGUUUUCCUGCUGCUGUUAGUUCCCUUUUCUCCUUCAUUGGGAGCACAGCUGCCUGAUCAAGGCCAAGCCAAGGAUGUCCCCAUAGCUACCAAUGGUCAGAGAUUCCCAUGGGACCGCAUGAGACUUCCCAAAACCGUCUUCCCCAUCCACUACGACCUGACCAUCCACCCAAACCUGACCACACUUGACUUCACUGGUGUUGCUCGUAUCCAGCUGGACGUGCGCGAAGACACCAGCACCAUCGUUCUCCACGUCAAGCAGAUGCAGAUAUCCAAUGUCCUGCUCCUCGCACCUGAAGGUGUGAGGCCUCUCCAGGUUUUAGAGUAUCCUCAUUUCCACCAGCUUGCCCUGCUGUCAGACUCGGUGCUGACCAAAGGAAGGAGGUAUGAAGUUCAGCUGGAGUUUGCUGCCAACUUGUCUGACAGCUUCCACGGUUUCUAUAAGAGCAGCUACCGCACCAGGAAUGGAGAAGUUCGGGUUCUGGCAUCCACACAGUUUGAAGCCACCUUUGCUCGAGCUGCCUUCCCCUGUUUUGAUGAACCGGCCUUCAAAGCCAGCUUCACCAUACGGAUAAUUCGAGAGCCACGUCACAUAGCCAUAUCCAAUAUGCCUAAGGUUAAAACUGUGGAGUUGCCAGGCGGUUUGCUUGAGGACCACUUUGACACCACUGUCAAAAUGAGCACUUACUUGGUGGCCUACAUUGUAUCUGACUUCCAGUCUGUGAGCAAGACCACCCAGCACGGUGUCAAGAUUUCAGUCUAUGCUGUACCUGAGAAGAUCAACCAGACAGCCUAUGCGCUGGAUGCUGCAGUCAAGCUGUUGGAUUUCUAUGAUGACUACUUUGACAUUCCUUACCCCCUUCCCAAACAGGACCUGGCUGCUAUCCCGGACUUCCAGUCGGGUGCGAUGGAGAACUGGGGGCUGACCACCUACAGAGAGACGGGCCUCCUCUUCGACCCUGAAAAGUCCUCAGCUUCUGACAAACUGGGUAUCACCAAGGUCAUCGCCCAUGAGCUUGCACAUCAGUGGUUUGGAAACCUGGUGACGAUGGAGUGGUGGAAUGACCUGUGGCUCAAUGAGGGCUUUGCCAAGUUCAUGGAGUUUAUUUCUCUCGAUAUGACCUACCCAGAGCUGCACGUGGAUGAUUUCUUCUUGGGGAAGUGUUUUGAGGCCAUGGAGGUGGACUCCCUCAGCUCCUCCCACCCAGUCUCCACCCAUGUGGAGAACCCUGCACAGAUUCAGGAGAUGUUCGACGACGUGUCAUAUGACAAGGGAGCAUGUAUUCUAAAUAUGCUCCGGGACUUCCUGACUCCUGAGGCCUUCGAGAUUGGCAUCAUCCGAUACCUCAAGCGCUACAGCUACCAAAACACCGUCAACAGCCACCUGUGGGAGAGUCUAACUAAUAUCUGCAAUUCGGAUGAUCUGGACGAAGGCCGAAUGAAACACAAACAAUUCUGCUCAAAGCGCCGCGAUCAGUCUGGAGCCUCUAAAUGGUACUCUGGUGAUGAGCUGGAUGUGAGGGCUAUCAUGGACACCUGGACAUUGCAGGAGGGCUUCCCACUGGUCACUGUGGAGGUCAAAGGUCGUGAGGUCAGGGUCAGCCAGGAGCGCUACCUGAAGACAGACGAGCCCUCCCUCACCGAAGGAUUCUUGUGGCAGAUCCCCCUGACCUACAAGACCAGUGCCUCCAACACCAUCCACCGAUUCCUGCUGAAGACAAAGACUGACGUCCUCUACCUGCCAGAGGAGGUCGACUGGGUGAAGUUCAACGUGGACAUGAGUGGCUACUACAUGGUCCACUAUGCAGGCAACGGGUGGAACUCCAUUAUUAAACUGCUGCAACACAACCACACAGCCCUGAGCAGCAAUGAUCGCGCCAACCUCAUCCACAACAUCUUUCAGCUGGUCAGUAUCGGGAAGGUGAGGCUGGACACGGCUCUGGAGCUGUCUCUGUACCUGUCCAGAGAGACUGAGAUCAUGGCUGUGACUCAGGGCUUUGGAGAGCUUGUGCCCCUGUACAAACUGAUGGAGAAGAGAGACAUGGCUGCUCUGGAGAACCAGAUGAAGGGAUACAUCGUGGAACUGUUCCGUGGGUUGAUUGAUCGGCAGGAGUGGACUGACUCUGGGUCAGUGUCUGAGCGAGUGCUGAGGAGCUACCUGCUGCUGUUUGGAUGCGUCAGGAACUACGCUCCCUGUGUGACCAAAGCCACCCAGCUCUUUAACAAGUGGAGGGACUCUGAUGGCAACAUGAGCCUCCCCGUUGACAUCACCAUGGCUGUGUUUGUGAUUGGAGCUCGAACACCAGAGGGGUGGGACUUCCUGUUUGAGAAGUACCGCAACUCGCUGCAGAUGUCUUUAAAGAGCCGCCUGAAAAGUGCAAUGACUGUCACCCCACUGCAGGACAAGCUCAAGUGGAUGAUGGAGCAGAGCCUCCACGGUGAAGUGAUGAAGACUCAAGACCUCCCUGGUGUGGUCAUCUCUGUCAGCAAGAACCCUCAUGGCUACAAACUGGCCUGGGACUUCCUCCGAGCAAACUGGCAUGCUCUGAUCAAGAAGUUCGACUUGGGUUCUAGUACAAUAUCAUACAUGGUGACCGGGGUGACAAACCAGUAUUCUACCAGGGAGAUGUUAGAUGAGGUGAGAAGCUUCUUUGGCUCCCUGACUGAGGAGACAGGCUCAGAGAUGAGGUGUAUCCGACAGGCCUAUGAGACCAUCGAGGAUAACAUCCGCUGGAUGGACGCUAACCUUCCUCUGCUGCAGGCUUGGCUGGACAAACGCAGCCACACAGCCGUGCACGAAGAUUUAUAGCUCAAGGGUAAACAAAAAACAUCUAGAUAGGAUAAUUUGCUAAAGGCAGAAACCUCAAGCACUGUGCAUACGAGUCACAAGAGCCCUGACUGACUUAUCUUCCCUAAAUGUAAACAGAAACAGACAACAACAAAUGAAAAACUUUGGAUCUUGUGCCAUCGCUGUGAAUAUUUUUAAUUACCCCAAACUGAGUCCUGAAAACCUGAAUUACCUUCCGUCAAAUCUUCGUAAUACACAACCUAAUCAGGCAUUGCAGCGAAAACGCCGGUCCUCCUGUUCAUUUCAGUGUGGGUAGUGGCUUUAGGCUGCUGUUGUGCAGACAGCAGGGAAUGCAGAAAAACAGUGCAGAAGCCCCGUAGCAAAAGGCUGAAACAGAGUCAACAGAGAAACACAAUGUUGCACUGCAGUGGUCAGUCACGAAAGCCAGUGCUUGGACUGACUGGUGAGCAGUAUUUAUAACAACCCUCUUCCAUAUUACCACAGGAAAGCCACAAUUUCACAAUUUUAGAAACAUAUCAACAAUACUAUAUGCAGUAAUUUGUUCCAAUAUUAACCUGCUCUGCAGGACCUUGGGGAAAAUAUGGAAACACCAGUGAAAUAACACGAUUCUUACAAAUGAACACUCUUAACUAGAUUUUAAAGAAGAUGCAGCAAAAUGCAUUACAUUAGCAGCAAAUAUCACAAACGUGUGGCAGAGUAGUUUAGGUUUGAGGAGGUAACAUCAGCAUCAACCUUAUAUCGUGUGUUCAUUGUUGUGUGUGUGUGUGUUUUUACGCAGGUGUGUGUUUGUUUUGUGUGAAGGGAAGUGGGGGUGUGGGAGUUUUUACCUGAACUUUCAUUCAUGCUGCACUAACAUGACAGGGAGCAGCGACAUGAAUAUUGUACAGUGUUGUACAAGAGUAAAUACUGCAUUUUUUCACAGAUAUUUAGGUACCAGACCGUUCGUUCUCAUCUGACAUGAAAAACAAAACCAAACAAAGACUGAGACAUUCCCUCUAAAGAAACAAGCUUUACUGCAUCCAGCCUUCAGUAAAAAUAUAGCAAAAUGUGGGAACAUCUGCAACGACCCGUGAAUGAAUUCUGAAUCAGUUCUUUGUACAAAAGUUAAUAUUCCUGAUUUUUCUCACAGUUAUUGAACCAUAGCUGGGGUAAAACUCAAGAUUGUUCAUGUGGCUUUUCUUCUUGGUAGAGCUGCAGUGAUUAGUCUAUUAAUUGAUUAAUUGUCAGCUAACUAAAUUGAUCACCAACCUUAGAGAUAAUCAGUGAAUUGUUUUGAGUUUUGUUUUUUUCUUUUUUUUUAAUUUCACUGAUUUCUGUUUCUCAAACUGUGAAUAUUUUCUGUUUUCUUUAAUCCUGUAUGGAUUGUUAGACUCCAGGAAUUUAUAGAUUAUACAUUUUAUAGACCAAACAAUUAAUUGACUGAGAAAGUAACUGGCAGAUUAAUGGAUAAUAAAAAUAAUUGUUGGUUGCAGCCCUACUCCAUGUUAGCAUUUUGGUUUGGUUUUUUUUUUUUAGCACUUUUGAAAUUCUCAAAUAGAUGACAAAAGAAAAGGAAUGUGAGGAAGAUGUUGCUACAAAAACGUUUUACUUGUACUGCUGUAAAAUCAUGUUCUGCAGGCAUGAAACAAAGGAAUUCUGUUAUUUUGUAAGGGGAUUUUUGUCUUGAACGAAUUAAAUAUUAAACCAUGGAAGAUG